AUAGGUUAAAAGGGAAACAAACUAUAAACUAGGAAUAUUUAUUAUUCCUAAUGUUUAUUACUGUCAAUUGUUAGCAUAAUUAAAUCAAAAUUUAAAUAUUAAUUCAGUUAAAAGAUGACCGAGGCUGGGCCAAGCACUAGUACGAGCAACAGUCAAGGAGAGGAGAACAUGGGAGGCAGCAACUCUCCUUCGGCGGAUCAGUCGGUCUGGCAGAGUAACCUCCAAAGGAUACAACAGCGGAAGCAGCAAGUGUACAAUUGGCCUCACACCAAGAAGCUACUCAAGCUGGCAAUAUACUCGGCGUGUCAGACGGAUGGGUGCAAGUGUGGGGGGUGGAAGGCACCAGCCCCUCCUCCCAAGAACUCUAAGGUUGACGUUACGCAGCCUCUUGCCAACUUCAAUGAUCCAUGCACCAACUGCACUCACAUUCUCGGUCAACACGUAGCACAUCUUAAGUCGUUGCAGGAGGAAGAGGUGAAUCGGUUGUUGGGAAUGGUUGUGGAUGUAGAAAACAUCUUCAUGAGUAUGCAUCGAGAAGAGGACCCCGACACCAAGAAAGUAUAUUACUAUCUUUUCAAGUUGUUGAGGAGAUGCAUUGUGGAUAUGACAAAGCCUACCAUUGAAGGACCACUCGGACAGCCUCCGUUUGAGCGACCAAGCAUCGCCAAAGCUAUCACCAACUUUGUUCUGUACAAGUUCAGCAAUGCUGCUGCCAGAGAAUGGCAAACGAUGUACGAUUUGGCCAAGAUGCUGCUUCACUGCCUCAACCACUGGAACUUUGAGACUCCGAGUGCUCGUAAACAGACUGUCUCCGCAGAGGAAAUAUCUGCGUACAAAGUCAACUACACCAGAUGGCUGGUAUUCUGCCACGUGCCUGUGUUCUGUGACUCACUGCAGCACUUUGAGACGACGCUGGUGUUCGGCCGAACGCUGCUGCGCGCCGUGUUCCGCUCUGUCCGUCGUCAGCUGAUGGACAAGUGCCAUAGUGAGAGGGACAGGAUGCCACCUGAGAAGCGAGUGCUUGUCCUCACACACUUCCCUAAGUUCCUACAGCUUGUUGAAGAGGAGAUAUACCUGUCCAACUCUCCCAUCUGGGACCCUGAGUUCAAACAAACUCCUCCUCAACAUCUGCAAAUGUUGCCUGAUAGUAAAGGUUCUCCAGUAGUGCGCAGGGCUGGGCAGUUUGAGAAGCUCAGUGUCCCUCCUAAUGACAAGGAUUCUUUCACAACAGUCAACCUCACGCCCGGGCUGCCAAGUGUACGCAAGAAGGCACUCCGUGGAGACGGGGAGAAGCAGCGUGAAAGCAGUGGACGGUCGCCGGAUCUCAAGCGUAGAAAGCUGGACGGAGAACCAGCUGAGGACUUCAGUCAUGAGAAGGUGGUGGAAAUCAUAGCUUCCAUAGGAGAUAACCAGCCCUCCAUUACUACAGGGGGUCCCACGGUGUUUCAAGAGAAUCUGCUGCGCAGGCCGAGAGACGAGGUUGCCAAGCAGGAGGAGGCAGCUGGUGUCAUAGAGUUCUUCCUUGUGGGUAACUCUCUCACCAAGAAGGUCACUAAGCAGACAAUCCUGUGGCUUAUUGGACUACAGAACGUCUUUUCACAUCAGCUGCCAAAGAUGCCUGUAGAGUACAUUUCCAGGCUUGUCUUUGACUGCGAACACCGGACUCUCGCCUUGAUCAAGGACAAGCAGCCGAUCGGUGGGAUCUGUUUCCGCGUGUAUCCGACGCAGGGCUUCACGGAGAUUGUGUUUUGCGCAGUGAGCUCUCACGUGCAGGUGCGAGGCUACGGCACUCAUCUCAUGAACCAUCUCAAAGACUACCACAUCUCCAUUGGCAUCCACCACUUCCUCACGUAUGCAGAUGAGAACGCCAUCGGCUACUUCAGGAAACAGGGUUUCAGCAAAGAUAUCAAGCUGAACAAGACAGUCUACCAAGGAUACAUCAAGGACUACGAGGGAGCCAUGUUGAUGCAUUGUCAUCUCAACCCCAGGAUAGUUUAUACAGAGUUCAUCUCAGUCGUACGCAAACAGAAAGAGAUCAUCAAGAGGUUGCUGGACCAACGCAAGCAGGAGGCCCACAAGGUGCAUCCGGGACUGUCAUGCUUCCGGGAGGGACUGAAGGUGAUCCCUAUAGAGAGCAUCCCGGGUAUCCGGGAGACUGGGUGGAAGCCGUCCGCUCGCAACACCCGGGUCUCAAAGUUCAGUGAAGAAUCUGCUGAUCCCGACACUCUGAUGAAGUCAUUCAAAAUAGUGCUCAACAGUAUUAAAAACCAUCCAAUGGCUUGGCCUUUUCAAAAGCCCGUGGAUAGGAAAGAAGUCACAGACUACUAUGAUCAUAUCAAGUAUCCCAUGGAUCUGAAGACUAUGAGUGACAGACUGAAGGCUGGCUACUACACCACUCGGAGACUGUUCAUCGCAGACAUGACCCGUAUCUUCACCAACUGUAGAACCUACAACUCCCCCAACACAGAAUACUGUCUGUGUGCCAACAACCUCGAGAAGUACUUCCAGACCAAGAUGAGGGAAAUGGGUCUCUGGGACAAGUAGUUGGCUACACUGAUGCAGUUCUUUGUUCUUCCUCGGACGAUUCCUAAAGGUGGUAAAUCCUGUUCUUCGGCUGACGGCCGCGUAGAUGCAGACGACGAUGAUAUAGUUUCCAAUGUUUCAGACCUGAUGCAGCAGUUCAUUCUCAAGGAUUGCAAUAUAAGCGAUGUUACUAAUCAUUAGAUCAUCGUUGUCUUCGUCUACACAGUCGUCACCCAGAGUUUACCAUCUUUACUAAUACAGUUGAUCACACAUGUAAUAUUUCUUGGACAUUAUGUUGGCCAAACUGAUUCAGUCAUCAUCGUCAACAGUGCUCACUUCAGUGUAAGGCCACUGUAGUGAAUGGGCCUGGACCCAGGUGCAAAUAACUCUUGGGCCCAUAGCCUGGACUCGCUUGCAAACCGUGGGCCUGCUCAUGUGUUUCUGGUAAAUGUAAAAAAAAACUUCAUUGAUCAUUGUUUACAGUGAUCACAUGUGUGUUUCUUAGAUUGGCAAAGGGGGUUCAGUUAUCAGGGGGUUCAGUUGUUGACAAUGGUCACUGUUUAACAGUGGUCAUUUUUGUAUUAAUCUAUAGACUCAGUUGGCCUCACUUAUGCAGGCAGAACCCAUUUGGGUGUUAGUGGGGCUCAGCACUUGUUCUUGAUGGAAAUUUUUUUAUGGAACAGAAUAAGUGGAUAGUGACAUUCAGAUUUUUGAGAUAUGUUUUUGAGAUUCAGUAAAAAAAAUAUUAGGCUAUAUACUUUGGGUUCAGAAAGAAAUCAAAUAUAGUUUUAAUUUUAACUGCAGGGAAUGGAAUUUAAAGACACACGAAAGUGCCUGGUUUUUUUUAAUAUGUCUGGAAACAUGUUGUACAUUUUAUGUCUGCCUUGUGAUAACCAAAAAGAUUUUAUUUAUUUUUAUGUAUCGCUCUUUAAUCAGUUUGAUAAGUUAGGUAUGAGUAGUAUUGUGAAAAGCGUGUAAAGUUUACAGUUGUAAAUACUUUCCUACUGAGUAAUAGGAAAAGUACCUCUUAAACUCAAUAAAUAAGACUGUUUUGUAUUUUUACCAGAUUA